CCGCGCACGCCGUGCUCGAGACCUUGUGACGGUGUGAUGUCAUCGCUCACCCUAAUUUUACUCCGUUUCGCUCCGAACAGCUGCUGGCGGCGGAGGGGCUCCACGUUGGAGCCUGGUGGCAAGUAAUACUCCUGUGAACCAGGAAUGAACUUCAGUAUGCAUUGAAGUAGCGCCGCAUUACUAGAGCUUUAAUGUUUUGGAAGUUUUCUUGCCGUUUGGCUUCCCAGCUGUGAAUUUGGGUGUAUAACUUACUGAUACACGCCUUUCUGGAUUUUAUUACUGCUCUAUCAAGGUUGAUGGCGUAGUUUACAAAGUGGUGGAAUCGCUGGUAGACCAGUUUUUAUCAGAUACCAUUGAACUGUUAUAAAGGCGAUAUAAGCGUAGGACGAGCAGGUGCAUUGGGCUCCGAUGGCUUCUGUAACUUCUACGCCGUCCACUUCUACCGGCCGCGCAUCCCGCACGACUAGGCGGAGCAUGGCUGCGGUGUCCCCGUCCGGUGCCGCUACCGGUACCGGCUCCAGUCCCACACGUAUCACCCGCAUUCAGGAGAAAGAGGAGCUCCGGCAGCUAAACGAUCGCUUGGCCGCUUAUAUAGAGCGGGUCCGGCAGCUGGAGAACGAGAAGUCCUCCAUGCAAAUUCUGCUGGAGGAGAAAGAGGAGUCCAGCGCCCGGGAGGUGGGCAGUAUGCGGCUGCUGUACGAGACCGAGCUCGCCGAUGCCAGGAAGAUCCUGGAUACCACUGCCAACGAGAGGGCCCGGCUUCAGAUCGAGCUGAGCCAGCUCUCCGAGGACCAUGCGCGAUUGCAGGCGAGGAAUAACAAGAAGGAGUCGGAACUGACUACCGCUGUCAGCCGGUGGAGAAACCUGGAAGCCGCUCUCAACUCCAAGGAGGCGGAGUUUGCAAAUGUACUGGCUGGAAACCGGAGCUUAGAGAAUGAGAUCUCUGAGCUGAAGACACAGGUUUCCACUCUGGAAUCAGCCUUGCAGGACGCAAAGACUCAGCUCCAUGCAGAGAUGUUGCGGAGGGUGGACCUGGAGAACCAGGUUCAGACGUUGCGGGAGCAGAUGGAUUUCCAAAGGCACCUCAGUGAGGAGGAGAUCAGGGAGAUGAGGAGCCGCCACGAGACAAGGCUGGUUGAGGUCGACUCCGGGAGACAGAAGGAGUUUGAGAGCAAGCUGGCGGAGGCGCUGCAGCAGCUGCGAAGGGAGCACGAGGUGCAGAUCCUCCAGUAUAAGGAGGAGCUGGAGAAGACCUUCUGUGCUAAGUUGGAGAAUGCACAGCAGGCGGCGGUGGAAGGCAGCGCCCUCGUCAGCUCCACGAUGGAGGAGCUCGCCGGCACCAAGCUGAGGCUCGACAGUCUGUCAUCGCAGCUCACCCAGUCUCAGAAGCAGAACUCCGCCCUGGAGAGCCGCUUGCGUGAUCUGGAGGAGCUGCUGGACCGGGAACGGCGGGCCAGCCAGAGGCGGCUGACCGAGAAGGAGCAGGAGAUGGCGGAGGUGCGGCAGAAGAUGCAGGCCCAGCUGGAGGAGUACGAGAACCUGCUGGAUGUGAAGCUGGCAUUGGACAUGGAGAUCAAUGCCUACAGGAAGAUGCUGGAAGGGGAGGAGCAGAGGCUGAACCUGUCUCCCAGCCCCUCGCAGCACGGGGCCGUGUCACGUACACACGUGCAGGCCGCCCGCAGGCUCAGGGGCAAAAAGCGGAAAUUGGGAAGCCGGUCCUCCGGCGGCUCUGGCUACCGGAUCACGCAGCACGCCUCGGCCCGCGGCAGCGUGUCCAUCGACGAGAUCGACCCGGAGGGCAACUACGUGAAGCUGCGCAACAAUUCUGAAAUCGACCAGCCUUUAGGGGGGUGGGUCCUCCGGAAGAGCCACGCGGCCGCCCCCGACGUCGCCUUUCAGGUGCCGCCGUCAUACGUCCUGGGUGGAGGAUGUACUGUCACGAUCUGGGGGGGUGGUGCUGGUGUGGACUCCAAUCCCCCCACUGACCUGGUGUGGAAAACCCAGCGGAACUGGGGGGCGAUGGACGAUGUGCGGAUCGCCCUGGUAAACCCCCGCAGCGAGCAGGAGGUGGCAGAGCGGAGGCUGACUCGUGUCCCAGGAGGCGGCGAUGGCGAGUCAGAGGCGGAGCUCGAGGACGAGGAGGCGAUAACAGGAAGUGAGGCGCAUCUACGGCGACAGCCCAAAAGAAGAAAAAAGAAAUGUUGUUUGGUGUCGUGAGCCACACCCCCCUCUGUGCGGGGGCCCCUGCUGGAGGGCCGGAUGGGACCGGAUGAAGCCAGCUGUGCAGUAAUGUAGCACCUCUGGGUCGACCUAGAAACCCGAAAUCUGGGCGGCAGAGGGGUGUGGGACAGCCUCUGCUCCCUCUGAAUCCAUCCUGUGCUGUGACAACAUAACAGUAUUCUGGGUAUUUUUGAUGAAAUCUGUAGCAAAAUGUAACCGUCCUUGUUUCGGUCAUUGUUUCUGAAGUAUUUUUUCGGCCACACCUGACCUUCACCUGACCUUCUUGAGGGGAAACCCUCUAUGCAGGAUUUUGACAUGCAUUGGUAGGGUUGCUUGUACUAAACUUGGCAUUCUCAAUGUACCGAUUAUAAACCAUUUGAGAAACUUGCUGUUCAUUAUGGUAUGAAAAGAAGUUAAAGUGCCAUGCAGGGUGGUCUACCAUGAGCCUGAGCCGGUUUUAAGCCCCCCCGUGCUCAUAACCUCACUUAAACGUAGCCGUUUUGUUAUCCUGGAAAUGACUCACUUUGUCAUGCUGCCUCCUUGCCAGCAGAGGGAGCCAUCCCACUAGGUGACAGUCAGUAAUGUGCUUUCAGUUUCAGUGAGCCUCCCAAAGCCUUGCUGCUCAAAUUUGUCCUGGUUUUGGCACUUUUCACUUUGGUUACUGACUCUCCAGCAGCACCUAAAGACAUGUGACUGUGCCUUAAUUGGGCUAUAAAUAUUUGAAUGUUUAUUUAUUUUCCUUUGUCAACUUUAGAGGGUCCUAUGGGAACCUUUUGAAUGCUGUGUCUCUUGCUUAUCCAACUUACCUAUUUAAAUUAAAGAAUACCUUUAAACUGAAUUUUUCCAGUUUGCUGUUAGUAGUAUACUCGUAUUUUGCUUUGUAAACAUACUCCAGAAUAUUUGCAGCUCAUCCUGGCCUAUGAGCCAAACAUACUUUUUAAUGUGAAGGUUGAGACGAGCCGAUUCAGUGACAUUCUGCCAGCGUUCUCUAGGAUUUGUUGCGUGCAAGGUAGUGAUGGGAGAGAUGAGACCCCUGCAGGUGGUGGGUGGGGCUGCCGCCCACUGUCCAAUCACUGCCUGACAGCCCAGCAGGAGCUGACCAGUGAAAUCUGCAGCACUGUGAUUUCCAGGGCGUAAUCCCGCCCCCUGAACCCGCUUCCUUCCGUCACAGCCUCCUAGUGGACGGAGGAGCGUUUUAUCAGAAAGUUAGCCUUUCUGCCCUUCCCACUGUACACUGUUGGCAAUGCCUAAAUGCUGCUUUGGAAAUAAUUUGCCUUUACUUAGUUAAAAGCUAUAUUUGACAGACUGUACAAGGAUUGCAAUGAAUAACAUGAAAAGUCACAGAAGUUCUCGGCAGUUGCUUUACUGAAAUGGCAGCUUCUGUUUAUCCAUUGUCAGGCACUGACAUGUACAGAACACAAUUUUGUAUCACUUUAAUAAAGGUUUUUAGUUAAACUGA